UCUGCACCUGCCCAAGAUCUCCGAUCCUCUUCUGUGUAUCAGAAUAUCCGUGUGCGUUCUGUGACUGGAGUUGGAUUCUAUAUGCCAACAGGGAAGAUCAAAGGCAAUUUGGGCUCCCGUUUCCUGAUGGUGGAUGGUGAAAAAGUCCUCACUGGAUCCUACAGUUUCACAUGGACAUCAUCUCAUAUAGACAGAAAUAUUCUCUUGUACUUGACUGGGCAGCAUGUAGAGAUGUUCGAUAUUGAAUUUCGUGAACUCUAUGCCAUUUCAGAAGAAGUCAGUCUCUACAAAGAGCUGAACAUCCCUUGCCCUUUCCGAUCAGGAAUUGGGAAACUGGGAUUUUCCUCUUCUACUGUGGCCCGGAAGGCCAUCAACCCAAAAUAUGGACUGGUAGUGGGAGCUCCUCCAGGGGAAAUGAUGCGCUGGGCCUCCCGCCAGAGGCAAGAAUCACAAGGGAAACUAGAAGGAAAGGAAGAAGAAAAUGAAUCAAAUAAACGACUGCAUUGUUUUCUGAAUGACCUUAUAACAGUGGAGCAGGUUCUGCCAGAGAUUGAGCCUCCACUUGAAGGCCUGAACAAAGCAAACCGGAGUCCUCAGAAGUUACUUUCCCGGUUUAAUUUGGACUUGAAAUCUAAAUCCAGAGAGUCCAUACGUGACCAGAAGGAUGAUAUUGCAAAUGGAGAAGCUGGUUCCAAACAGGGCAAAAGAUUUGGAAGCGGAUUUUUCCGAAGGUCCAAGAGACCAUCACCUUUGAAUGUUGAUGCCAAUUCUGUUACCAGUGAGACUGCUGAAGAUUUUGUGGUUGUGAAGGUGCCAAAAGAAAGCCAGACCAGCUUUCGUCCUGUUAGUGUACGCAGCAGUGUGAGCAAUUCAGGUAAAAUGAGUCCAGGCUCCGUUUCAGGAGAAAAAGUCAAACAGUCAGCCUGUGUGGUCUCUUGAUGGAAGAAAAAGCAGCUGGAAAACAGAAUCCUAAGGGAUAAUAUGCUGGGCAAGGCUGCUGUAGGCUCCUUUCAAACCUUGAGUCUGAUUUCCUCAUAGCGGUCUGUAUAACAAUUGCAGCGUCCAAGACAGAGCUGGUAUCUUUACACUCAGGGUAAAACAUGUGAUCUGGAAGAUACUUGUAUGAAAUAGCAUCUACAUUAGUUCAGUGACUGUGAUAAAUGGAUUUUAGAGUUUAAAUCUUACAGGGGGACAUUCCAUUUCUUGGUGGUGCUAUUUCACAUUGCUGGCUACAGACUUAGAACAACAUCAUAGUAUCAUUGAUUGUUGUGUUAAAAUAUUAUUAACUCUAUGGAUUAGAAACUUUCUAUCAGAGGUUUUAAAAAGGCUUUCCCAGAAAGAUGGUUAAACUUGGAAAUUGUGUGCCUAAG